UGGCAACUCUUCAAAAGCCAACAAAAAGUCCAAGGCAGCCAAGUAAAUGGCGUCUCAAUUUGUUUUUUAUUCAUCAGGAAAGUGUUUCCAAUCUGUUUCGUCGUCUUUUACAUGUAUCUAUUGAAGUGAUAUCGAUUUUAUUAGUAUUAUUAAUGUAACAUUGACGAAUUGUGCCUUGUGUCGCGGUUUCACCAUUUCGUGUGAACAAUGGCGUCGAAAGAUUCAUUACAAUCCCAUGUAAAAGUUAGUGGAAAUCAUGACUGUAGUGAAUACACUAACGGUGAAAAGGCUGGAGCAGAUGCCGGUGAAGGUAUUAAACGCCGACGAUCAAGUCAGGGUUGUCGAAAACUAUCAAAAUUAGGCAAUGAUCAAAGUGUGCCAACUAAUUUGAAACAUGCAACAUCUAGAGAUUUCAAAGAGAGGAAACGCAAACUUAGCGACGAUUCAAAAGAACUAUGUGUUUGGGGCGAAAAUACACGACCGGCGAAACAAAGCAAGAUAUGGCCAGUUUUCGAUUCAGGUGGAUUUGGGGAUACGUCAAUACUCACCAUGCACAUCUUUCACAAGACACCACCAAUGAAAAAUCCCCUACUAUUCAACAGGACGAACCUUGAUGUCACACAACCAUUGCUAGACUGUAUUGGAGGUAUUAAUGCAUCGUGGAAGCAAACACAGUUAUCAAAUACAAUUCCACACGAUGCUACAACCAAAAGGAUAUAUUCUUCAGUAUCAAGACAGCUGAGAAUAAUCAACACACAUUUCCAACACGCAAUGUCAAAAUACAAAUAUCCUAAAGUUACUCAAGCAAAUGUCUUAUUAGAAGGAAGCUCAAGACGGCUAUCUACUCAUUUCAACUUAUCACUGAAAGCUAUCAAAUUCCAGUCAUCAAGAAGAGAAUUGCCAUGUUAUGGAAAUUUGGUGUUGCCGUUUAAAAUAAAACAAGAAAGAUCAACGUCACCACAAAUGUUUGUUAAUAGAGUGAAAAUGGAGAUGGAGAAAGUAAAAGUGGAAAGGGAUAGUAAGGAGAAGGAACGUGAGCGGGAGAAGGAGAGAUCUCACUCUUCUCGCCACUCUUGUCAACAAUGCAGGCGUCGAGCGCGUGUUAAACGUUGCUCUAUUGGUGUUCAGUGUCGAAGAGAGAGAACUGCUCCCACUUGGGGACCCUUAGCUUUGAGCUUGGACCUUAAAGAUUUGAAGUAUCAUCGACUUAUGCGUGUCGAAACACAUCCGAAUGGGGGCGCUAGUGUCGUUUACUUACAUCAGAAUGAUGUUGAUAUGCUGGGACCAGUACAGCAGGAGGCAUUAGCUAAGGAAUUUCUUAAGCUAGUAUUCUCAGAAGACAGUGAAGGCUGGGCGCAUUUUGUAUGUGGAGUAGUUCGAGGUGCUGCAGGGAGAUUGCCUUGUCUCUUAAAAUAUCUCUCGGACCAAUAUCCCUCACUCACUGUAAAGGCCGGAGUGUUAGCAAGAGCAUCAGAUAUAGAAACCACUACAAUUAGUCGGUAUUAUCAACAGGUCCAACAAUCAUAUCUAGCGGGCACAUUCCGGAGUGGUCCUCUGCAUCAGAUCUCCCUCGUAGGAACAGUCCAUGAAGAAGUUGGGGGGUACUUCCCUGACAUGCUGGAAAUGCUGGGCGAGUGUCCGUUUCUUAAUUUGACCAUGCCGUGGGGUCCAAUGGCCGCUGUAGAAAUGGAGCCCCAGGAAUCGAACGAUGGUCCCAUUUUGUGGAUAAGACCUGGGGAGCAACUUGUACCUACUGCUGAAUUGGGAAAGAGUCCUAUCAAGAAGAGACGUACUGGUAUAAAUGAGCUUCGGAAUCUCCAAUACCUUCCAAGGUACAGCGAGGCUCGUGAAUUUCUCUUCGAAGAUAGAACCCGCGCACACGCAGAUCAUGUGGGACACGGCCUCGAUCGCAUCACCACUGCUGCUGUCGGUGUACUAAAAGCGAUCCAUUGCGGUGAUGAGCAAGACCGCGGCAGAAUAACGAAGGACGUGGUGGCUUUUCACGCGGCAGACUUCAACAAAUUAGUGCAACUCCUGCAACUUGAUUUGUACGAGCCGCCCAUUUCGCAGUGUGUCACUUGGCUAGAAGAAGCGAAACUCAACCAACUAAGAAGAGAAGGAGUUAGGUAUUCCCGUCUUCCUCUGAGCUCUGAUGAUAUCUACUUUUUACCAAGAAAUAUUAUACAUCAGUUCCGGACUGUGUCAGCUGUUACUUCUAUUGCCUGGCACCUACGUCUUAAGCAGUAUUACCCAUCUUCAGAGGCGUCCUCUCCAGCUGACGAGAGGUUACCACCCGAUGCACCAAUAGUUAAUAAUUCAGAAUCCAGUAAAACCUCCAAUCACAAGAGUGGGGUAAUAGAAAUGAGAGCACUUAGUGCUAAAUUUAAAGAAAAGUCCGAAUUAAAGAUAUCAGAGAGUAGAAAAAGCCUAGAUAAAGACAAAAAUGAGAAACGGUCAGACAAACAUGAUCGAUCCGAAAAGACUGAAAAAGAUAGACACAGACAUAAAGAUUCUGAUAAACAUAAGUGUGAGAAAUCACAAAGAUCAAGUGAAAAAUCGGAAAGAGCAAGUGAUAAGACUGAUCGGUCGAACGAUAAGGCAGACAAAAACACGGAAAAAAAUGAUGUUAGAACAGAUAAAAAAGUUGCUGAUCUUAAAUACGAAAAGGUUGAAAUGAAAACUCCAGAAAAGAAAAUGCGAGAGAGAAAUAUGGUUGGGAAUGCAUGUUCUGUUAAACCAGUGUUGCGGUUAGACCGAGAUCAAACCGACAAGCUUAACCAUGCCAAGGAAAAAUCUGAAGCUAUAGAUAAGCUUGAAGUGAAAGAGAAAGAUGUUAAAUCUGAUCAUAAAUCAGAACGAGACCGAACAAGAGACAGAUCAGAUAGAAAAGAUAGAGAAAAACCAGAAAGAUCUGAAAGAGACAAGAGAGAGCGGUCCGAGAAAUCUGAUAGAGUAGAAAAAGAUAGGUCUCAUGAUCAUCAUAGAAGACACUCAAAGCAUAAAUCUCAUAAAUCAGACAGAAGAGAAAGAGAACAUAGGCACCGAAGCUCGGAAAGAAGACACGACAAACAUAAAGAAUCUAAGGAUAGAACAGAUAAGUCGAGAGAUGCUAAAGAAAAAGAUGUUAAAAACUAUAUAAAUGUGAAAACUGAUACUAAAUCGGAAAGUGUGCAGAAGACAGUAUCGGAAGAAAAACCAGUGUGUGUAAAGGAAACAAAAGUUGUCUCUGAUAAUAAGUCUGUUUGUGAAAAGGAGACAAAAGUUGUCUCCGAUGAAAAGUCUGUGUGUGUGAAAGAAAGUGAAAGUGAUAAUCUUCAUCGGCCACCGGAUUAAGCGAAACUCUACUUGGAUGUCACGGUAAGGUCUUAACCUAAGGGUUUUAGUGACUGGGGCCAAAAAUUCAUGUCUGAAUCACCAUUAAAAAAAUUGUAAAUAAAUAAUUACAAAGUAUAUUUAAAUCGGUAAUAUUUGGUUUUAUUAAAAUUAUUCUCACAGCAAAACUUAACAAAAUUUAUAUUAUUUAAAAUCUACUGAAAUUGGUUUAUUUCAAAUUAAUAGUUAUUGUAACUUUUCAUUUUAAGAUAUUGGCCAUUUAAGUUAAUCUCAAUGCAAGAGUACGAUCUCAGAAACUUUACCGUUACAUUCAAUCACUUUCACUAGAGUAAGGGUUGUAAAUAUAGUGUAAGACGUCUCUCAGAGGCUAAGCAGUGUUGGUUAAAUGCGCAGUUUUAGUUUUAUUAGAAUAAUUGAGAGAGCUCAAAAUAAAA